GGCCGGCAGCGGGUCGGACGAGAUUAUGGAGCAGAAGAAGAAGAGCCAGGCCAUAGACAGAGUCCUCGAGGAAGACAUGAAGCGCCUCAAGAAGGAGUGCAAGAUCCUUCUCUUGGGUAUUCCUUUCUUCCCUAUCCUUCCUCUUGCUCUCCGUUGAUAUGAUGACUGCAUGCUAAGAUGUACAGGCUCCGGCGAGAGCGGCAAGUCGACCAUCGUCAAGCAGAUGAAGAUUAUCCACCAGAACGGCUACUCCGUCGAGGAGCUGUCCAUGUACCGCCUCACCGUCUACAAGAACCUGCUCGACUGCGCCAAAUCGCUCGUCUGGGCCAUGCACCAGUUCGAGAUUCAGCCCUCCAGCGCCAAAGUCCGCGACUUCAUGGACUACCUGCUCGACUACAACAUCGACCCGGACCCCAACGUCGCCCUCGAGCUCAAGGUCGGAGACGCCAUCACAUAUCUCUGGAACGACCCCAGCAUACCCGCCGUCCUCGAGCGCCAGAACGAGUUCUACCUCAUGGACUCUGCCCCAUACUUCUUCGAGGAGGCAAAGCGGAUAACCAUGCCAGACUACAUCCCCAACGAGGCUGACGUCCUGCGCGCCCGAACAAAGACCACCGGCAUCUACGAGACCAGGUUCACCAUGGGGCAGCUCUCCAUCCAGUACGUCACACCCACACAAUAUCUCUAUAUGUAUACUGACUUCGAUAGCAUGUUUGAUGUCGGCGGGCAACGCAGCGAACGCAAGAAAUGGAUCCACUGCUUCGAAAACGUCACCUCCAUCAUCUUCUGCGUCGCCCUCAGCGAAUACGACCAGGUCCUGCUCGAGGAAAGCAACCAGAACCGCAUGAUGGAGUCCCUCGUCCUCUUCGACUCCGUCGUCAACUCGCGCUGGUUCAUGCGCACCUCCAUCGUCCUCUUCCUCAACAAGGUCGACCUCUUCCGCCAGAAGCUCGGCCGCUCCCCGCUCAACAAGUACUUCCCAGACUACUCCGGCGGCAACGACGUCAACCGCGCGGCCAAGUACCUGCUCUGGCGGUUCAACCAGGUCAACCGCGCACACCUCAACCUCUAUCCUCAGUGCGUACGCUCUUUCGUUUUCUUACUGUUCAAGGCCUAUACUAACGUGCUCAGUUUGACGCAAGCAACCGACACGUCGAACAUCCGGCUGGUCUUUGCCGCCGUCAAAGAGACCAUCCUCCAAAACGCCCUCAAGGACUCGGGCAUAUUAUAACCCUCUCUCCCCUGCCUCUCUUCUAUCCGACCACCACCACCGCCGCCAUUACUACUACUCCCCGCUUCUACUUCAUGAGAUACCACUUACAUACCCACGACUUUUUUGACUUCAACCGGCGUUCACUGUUGUUCUGUCUGUUCCUCUCUUCUUGUCUGUUUUACUGCCGUGCCUUUUUUUCUUUUCAUCUUUCUUCUUUUCCUCUCUCAUCUACCAAACGGGACGACACUGUACCGGCGCGGCGUCCUCUUUUUUUUUUUUCUUCAUUUCCU